CUCGCGCGCGCCGCCCGUGCAAUCCCUGCUUAGAGACCCCGGAGUGGGGCGCUCGCCCGAAGCCAGGCCGCGUCCGCCAUAGUGCCUGGCUUGGAGGUGUCGCCGUCGCUGGGUGAGGGCCCGAGAGCGGCAGGGGGGCAAAACAAAACAGGGAUCCCGCGAAGCCCUCACCGCCGCCCGGCCAUUUCCGGGCUCAACUGGUCGCGGUUCUGGGCCUAAAGGCGACGGGAGCGAAAGGCGAGAGAAGCUCGGAGGAGGAUCCGGCGAGAGGAAGCGUCAGGGAAGCCUCGGCGGUGUCCCCGGGGUCCGCCGAAGCCACCCGGCCGCUGGCUGGGGCCCGGGGUGGUGAGGAAGUGCUCCGAGGCCUUGCGGAGGCCCAGCGCCGGCUUUGUGUCGAGGCGGCGGCGGCGGCGGGGGGGAGGCGGAGCCCGAGCCGGGGGCGGCCUGCGGAAGGCCUCUCCUCCGCCGACCGCGCGUCCUCGGCCUAGGCCGCGGGCCGCUCGUGGCCGCCGGGGAGCAGGCGCCAGGGUGUGUGUGUGGUGGGGGCCUGGGCCUGGGGAAGCUGACGCCGGUCGUCCGGAAGCCAGCCGGAGGCGAGAGGCCGCUCGAGGACUCCGGGCCUAGGCCCUCUCCCCGCAACCUUCUCCCGGGGCCUGGGUCACCCCCAUCCACGGAGAGAGACCAGCCGGGAGGUGCGGCCGCGCUAUGGACCCCUGACCCCGCGGGGGCACCCGGACUCUAACGUGUGGACUGACCGCUACUGACUGCACUGCCGGCCCUUAGCAUGAGCGAGGGGGACCCAGCCGGGUGACAUUGUGCCCGUUGGAGGAUUCUCGAUUUCCCCCCUUCCCGGUCCUCGUCCUCCUCCUCCCACAUGAAGCGCUUCUGAGUGCCGGGGGGGUUCUGGAUUAUUGUUCUCACGCACCCCUGCUUGUGGUUGGGGGGUAUUUAAUCUGAGGCCUCAGGGUCCUUCGGUGUCUCUUUUGAGUGUUUUCUGUGUGUACAUAUUUUGCUCUUCCGUUUUAUAAAUAUACAUAUAUUCAGAGUGUCCACGUCUCCUCGCUGAACCGUAGGAACCCUUUGGCACAAUGUCCUGUGUGCAUUAUAAAUUUUCCUCUAAACUCAACUAUGAUACCGUCACCUUUGAUGGGCUCCACAUCUCCCUCUGCGACUUAAAGAAGCAGAUUAUGGGGAGAGAGAAGCUGAAAGCUGCCGACUGCGACCUGCAGAUCACCAACGCGCAGACGAAAGAAGAAUAUACUGAUGAUAAUGCUCUAAUUCCUAAGAAUUCAUCUGUAAUUGUUAGAAGAAUUCCCAUAGGAGGUGUUAAAUCUACAAGCAAGACAUAUGUUAUAAGUCGAACUGAACCAGUGAUGGGAACUACAAAAGCAAUUGAUGACUCUUCUGCAUCUAUUUCUCUGGCCCAGCUUACAAAGACUGCCAAUCUGGCUGAAGCCAAUGCUUCUGAAGAAGAUAAAAUAAAAGCAAUGAUGUCGCAAUCUGGCCAUGAAUACGACCCAAUCAAUUACAUGAAGAAACCUCUAGGUCCACCACCUCCAUCUUAUACCUGUUUCCGUUGUGGUAAACCUGGCCAUUAUAUUAAGAAUUGCCCAACCAAUGGGGAUAAGAACUUUGAAUCUGGUCCUAGGAUUAAAAAAAGCACUGGAAUUCCCAGAAGUUUUAUGAUGGAAGUGAAAGAUCCUAACAUGAAAGGCGCGAUGCUUACCAACACUGGAAAAUAUGCAAUACCAACCAUAGAUGCAGAAGCAUAUGCAAUUGGGAAGAAAGAAAAACCACCGUUCUUACCAGAGGAACCAUCUUCUUCCUCAGAAGAAGAUGAUCCUAUCCCAGAUGAGUUGUUGUGUCUCAUCUGCAAAGAUAUUAUGACUGAUGCCGUUGUCAUUCCCUGCUGUGGAAAUAGUUAUUGUGAUGAAUGUAUAAGAACAGCACUCCUAGAGUCAGAUGAACAUACAUGUCCAACAUGCCAUCAAAACGAUGUCUCUCCCGAUGCUUUGAUUGCCAAUAAGUUUUUACGACAGGCUGUUAAUAAUUUCAAAAAUGAAACUGGCUAUACCAAAAGAUUAAGAAAGCAAUUACCUCCACCACCACCUCCAAUUCCACCUCCAAGACCCCUCAUUCAGCGGAACCUGCAACCUUUGAUGAGAUCUCCAAUAUCAAGACAGCAAGAUCCUCUGAUGAUUCCAGUGACAUCAUCAUCAACUCACCCAGCUCCCUCUAUAUCUUCAUUAACUGCUAAUCCGUCUUCCUUGGCCCCUCCUGUGCCUGGAAAUCCAUCUUCUACCCCAGCUCCUGUACCUGAUAUAACUGCAACAGUAUCCAUAUCAGUCCAUUCAGAAAAAUCAGAUGGACCUUUCCGGGAUUCUGAUAAUAAAAUAUUGCCAGCUGCAGCCCUUGCAUCAGAACACCCAAAGGGCACCUCCUCAAUUGCAAUUACUGCUCUUAUGGAAGAAAAGGGUUACCAGGUGCCUGUCCUUGGAACCCCAUCUUUGCUUGGACAGUCACUACUACACGGACAGUUGAUCCCCACAACUGGUCCGGUAAGAAUAAAUGCUGCUCGUCCAGGUGGUGGCCGUCCAGGCUGGGAACAUUCCAAUAAGCUUGGAUAUCUAGUUUCCCCACCACAGCAAAUUAGAAGAGGAGAGAGAAGCUGCUACAGAAGUAUAAACCGUGGGCGGCAUCACAGCGAAAGAUCACAGAGAACUCAAGGCCCAUCAUUACCAGCAACUCCAGUCUUUGUACCUGUUCCACCACCUCCUUUGUAUCCACCUCCUCCCCACACACUUCCUCUCCCUCCAGGUGUUCCUCCCCCACAGUUUUCUCCUCAAUUUCCUCCUGGCCAGCCACCACCUGCUGGGUAUAGUGUCCCUCCUCCAGGGUUUCCUCCAGCUCCUGCCAAUUUAUCUACACCUUGGGUAUCAUCAGGAGUUCAGACAGCUCAUUCAAAUACCAUCCCAACAACACAAGCACCACCUUUGUCCAGGGAGGAGUUCUAUAGAGAACAACGCCGACUAAAAGAAGAGGAAAAGAAAAAGUCCAAGCUAGAUGAGUUUACAAAUGAUUUUGCUAAGGAAUUGAUGGAAUACAAAAAGAUUCAAAAGGAGCGUAGGCGCUCAUUUUCCAGGUCUAAAUCUCCCUAUAGUGGUUCAUCAUAUUCAAGAAGUUCAUAUACGUAUUCUAAAUCAAGAUCUGGCUCAACACGUUCGCGCUCUUACUCUCGUUCAUUCAGCCGCUCACAUUCUCGAUCCUAUUCACGAUCACCUCCAUAUCCUAGAAGAGGCAGAGGCAAGAGUCGCAAUUACCGUUCACGGUCUAGAUCUCAUGGCUAUCAUCGGUCUAGGUCAAGGUCACCCCCAUAUAGACGCUAUCACUCAAGAUCAAGAUCUCCUCAAGCAUUUAGGGGACAGUCUCCCAAUAAGCGCAAUGUACCUCAAGGAGAAACAGAACGUGAAUAUUUUAAUAGAUACAGAGAAGUUCCACCACCUUAUGACAUAAAAGCAUAUUAUGGGAGGAAUGUUGAUUUUAGAGACCCAUUUGAAAAAGAACGUUACCGAGAAUGGGAGAGAAAAUACAGAGAGUGGUAUGAAAAAUACUACAAAGGUUAUGCUGCUGGAGCACAGCCUAGACCCUCAGCAAAUAGAGAGAAUUUUUCCCCAGAGAGAUUUUUACCACUUAAUAUCAGGAAUUCACCCUUCACAAGAGGUCGCAGAGAAGAUUACGUUGGUGGACAGAGUCAUAGAAGUCGAAAUAUAGGUGGCAACUAUCCAGAAAAGCUCUCAGCAAGAGACACUCACAAUCAAAAGGAUAAUGCAAAGUCAAAAGAGAAGGAGGGUGAAAAUGCUCCAGGAGAUGGCAAAGGAAAUAAGCAUAAGAAACAUCGAAAAAGAAGGAAGGGGGAAGAGAGUGAAGGUUUUCUGAACCCAGAAUUAUUAGAGACUUCUAGGAAAUCAAGAGAACCUUCAGGUGUUGAAGAAAAUAAAACAGACUCAUUGUUUGUUCUCCCAAGUAGAGAUGAUGCUACACCUGUUAGGGAUGAACCAAUGGAUGCAGAAUCCAUCACUUUCAAAUCAGUGUCUGAAAAAGACAAGAGGGAAAAAGAUAAACCAAAAACAAAAGGUGACAAGACCAAACGGAAAAAUGAUGGAUCUGCUGUGUCCAAAAAAGAAAAUGUCACAAAGCCUGCUAAAGGACCCCAAGAUAAAAUAGAUGGAGAGCGUGAAAAAUCUCCUCGGUCUGAACCUCCACUUAAAAAAGCCAAAGAGGAGACUCCAAAGACUGACAGUACUAAGUCAUCAUCUUCCUCUCAGAAAGAUGAAAAGAUCAUUGGUACCCCCAGAAAAGCUCACUCAAAAUCAACUAAAGAACACCAGGAAACAAAACCAGUCAAAGAGGAAAAGGUGAAAAAGGACUAUUCCAAAGAUGUCAAGUCAGAAAAACUAACCAAUAAGGAAGAAAAGGCCAAGAAACCUACUGAGAAAAACAAACCACCUGAUAGUAAGGGAGAGAAAAGGAAAAGAAAGACUGAAGAAAAAGGAGCAGAGAAAGAUUUUGAAUCUUCUUCUGUGAAAAUCUCUAAACUCGAAGUAACCGAAAUAGUGAAACCAUCACCAAAGCGCAAAAUGGAACCUGAUAUUGAAAAAUUGGAUAGGACCCCAGAAAAGGACAAAACGUCUUCAUCAGCUGCCCCAGCCAAAAAAAUCAAGCUCAACCGAGAAACCGGGAAGAAAAUUGGAAGCACAGAAAAUAUAGCUAGUACAAAAGAGCCCUCCGAAAAGUUGGAGUCCACAUCUAGCAAAGUUAAACAGGAAAAGGGCAAAGGAAAGGUCAAACGAAAAGUAACUGGAACUGAAGGAUCCAGCUCAACUCUUGUGGAUUAUGCCAGUACGAGCUCAACUGGAGGCAGUCCUGUGCGGAAAUCUGAAGAGAAAACAGAUACGAAGAGAACUGUCAUUAAAACCAUGGAAGAAUAUAAUAAUGACAAUACUACUCCUGCUGAAGAUGUUAUUAUUAUGAUCCAGGUUCCUCAGUCCAAAUGGGAUAAAGAUGACUUUGAAUCUGAAGAAGAAGAUGUUAAAUCCACACAGCCUGUACCAAGUGUAGGAAAACCUGCCAGUGUUAUAAAGAAUGUUAGUACUAAGCCAUCAAAUACAGUCAAAUACACAGAGAAAGAAAGUGAGCCAUCAGAGAAAAUUCAGAAACUCACCAAAGAGGUGAGCCAUGAGAUUACACAGCAUGAAGUCAAAAGUUCAAAAAACUCUUCAUCUAGUGAAAAGGGGAAAACCAAAGAUCGAGAUCAUUCAGUGUUAGAAAAAGAAAACCCUGAAAAAAGGAAGAACAGCACUCAACCAGAGAAAGAUAGUAAUUUGGACCGUCUGAAUGAACAAGGAAAUUUUAAAAAUCUGUCUCAAUCUUCCAAAGAGACUAGAGCUUCAGAAAAGCAUGAUUCCAUUCGUGGUUCCUCAAAUAAAGACUUCACUCCCAACAGAGACAAAAAAACUGACUAUGACAACAGAGAGUACUCAAGUUCCAAACGUAGAGAUGAAAGAAAUGAAUUAACAAGAAGAAAAGACUCUCCUCCUCGGAGUAAAGAUUCUGCAUCUGGGCAGAAAAAUAAGCCAAGGGAGGAGAGAGAGUUGCCUAAAAAAGGAACAGGAGAUUCCAAAAAAAGUAAUUCUAGUCCACCAAGAGAGAAAAAGCCUCAUGAUCAGAAAACCCCCUAUGAUGCUAAGCGCCCAAGUGAAGAGACAAAAUCUGUAGAUAAAAAUCCUGGUAAGGAUCGCGAGAAGCAUGUGUUAGAGGCACGGAACAAUAAAGAGUCAAAUAAUAGUAAAUUACUUUAUGUACUUAACCCACCAGACCCACAGAUUGAAAAAGAACCAGUUACUGGACAGAUUGACAAGAAUGCUAUCAAGCCUAAACCCCAGUUAAGUCAUUCCUCCAGACUGUCCUCUGACUUAACUAGAGAGACUGAUGAAGCUGCUUUUGAACCAGACUAUAAUGAAAGUGACAGUGAAAGUAAUGUAUCUGUGAAAGAAGAAGAAACUUCUGGAAACAUUUCUUCUGGAAACAUUUCUAAGGAGCUGAAAGAUAAAAUGAUGGAGAAAGCAAAAGAGAGCCUGGACACAGCAGCAGUCCCCCAGGUGGGUGUAAGCAGGAGCCAGAGUCAAAGUAGCCCUAGUAUUAGUCCAAGUAGAAGUCACAGCCCUUCUGGAAGCCAGACCCGAAGCCACAGUAGCAGUGCCAGCUCAGCUGAAAGUCAGGAUAGCAAGAAGAAGAAGAAAAAGAAGGAAAAGAAAAAGCACAAGAAACAUAAAAAGCAUAAGAAGCAUAAGAAACAUGCAGGCACUGAAUUAGAGUUGGAAAAAAGCCAGAAACACAAACACAAGAAAAAGAAGUCAAAGAAAAGCAAGGACAAAGAAAAGGAGAAGGAGAAAGAUGACCAAAAAGUGAAAUCUGUCACUGUGUAGGAGGACAGAUUAUUUUUAACUGACUUAAUUACUAAGUCAUCUGUAUUAAAUUUUGUUAUAAUGUAAAGAGAUUCAAGCCUUGUAAAUAAUGACAUGGAAGACCCUGUGCUGCACUUAAAAUAUUGCUGCUUGAUUAUUUGAUUUUUACAUCAGAGCUUUAUAACACGAACUUUUGUACAGAACUGUGAGUGUGUGACCAUGUAACAUGAGAGGUUUUGCUAGGGCCUAUUAUUUUUAACCACCAUUAAUUAGUUGGGGUGGAGUUUACUGUACUGUGAAAUUUUCACAUUUGAAUUUUUUUAAUUGCCUGGCAAACGCUGAUAUAAGUUCUAAAUAUCAGCAGAAUGAUUUGCUGAAUUCAUUACAACCCCGUUAUGUCACUUUUUGAUUACAAUAAAAGUUUUCAGUAAACUUUUCAAA